UAUUAUUUCUGAAGUGGUGUAUUAUUCAUGGUUUAGUAUAGAUAAAUUAAUAUAUAUUGGAUGUUCUAAUUAUGAAUACUAAAAUAAAAGAGAACUCAUUGAUAACAUAAUAAUAGUUAAUACAAUAUUAAUUACAUGAAUUGCUUGUAAGAAGUAAGUAAAACAAUAAAUUCAAGAAGAAACUACCAAUACAAUACUAUACAAGAUGGCAGAUUUAGAGGCUGUUUUGGCAGAUGUCAGUUACUUGAUGGCCAUGGAGAAGUCCAAGUGUACUCCAGCGGCUAGGGCCAGCAAGAAAUUAAUUUUGCCCGAUCCAAGUGUUCGCAGUGUUAUGUAUAAGUAUUUAGAAAAGGAAAAUGAACUGGAGUUUUACAAAAUAUUCAAUCAAGUUAUAGGUUACAACUUGUUUAAAGAUUUUUGCGAAAAUGAUUCUGACGAACCUAUACAACAAUUCAAAUUUUAUGAACAGAUAAAACAAUUCGAAAAAACCGAAUGCUAUGAGGAGCGAAAGAAAAUGGCUCGAGAAAUCUAUGAUAAUUUUAUAAUGGAAGAAUUACUAACUCACACAUACGAUUAUUCUAAAGAUGCUGUUGGCAGCGUACAGAAAUAUUUGCUAAAGAACGAAGUUCCAACAAAUUUAUUUGAGCCGUAUAUUGAGGAAAUAUUUAGCUAUUUAAAGGGCAAACCAUUUAAGAAAUUCUUGGAAAGUGAAAAAUUUACACGUUUUUGUCAAUGGAAGAACUUGGAACUUAAUAUACAGUUAACCAUGAAUGACUUUAGUGUUCACAGAAUUAUAGGACGAGGAGGUUUUGGCGAGGUAUAUGGAUGUCGUAAAGCUGAUACGGGAAAAAUGUAUGCCAUGAAGUGUUUGGAUAAAAAACGAAUUAAAAUGAAACAGGGAGAGAUGUUGGCAUUGAAUGAACGUUCAAUGCUGCAGGUUGUUAGUACUGGUAAUGACUGCCCUUUUAUUGUAUGCAUGACAUAUGCUUUUCAUACACCGGACAAAUUGUGUUUUAUAUUGGAUCUUAUGAAUGGCGGGGAUUUACAUUAUCACUUGUCUCAACAUGGUGUCUUUAAUGAGGAUGAAAUGAAAUUUUACGCCGCAGAGGUUAUAUUGGGCUUGGAACAUAUGCACAAACGUUUCAUUGUGUAUAGAGAUUUGAAGCCAGCCAAUAUUUUGCUGGAUGAAAAUGGUCAUAUACGUAUUUCGGAUUUGGGUUUAGCUUGUGAUUUUUCGCGAAAAAAGCCUCAUGCUUCGGUGGGUACACAUGGCUAUAUGGCGCCCGAGGUUUUGUCAAAAGGUACUCCGUACGACUCUUGUGCUGAUUGGUUUAGUUUCGGUUGCAUGCUUUACAAAUUGCUCAAAGGUCAUUCACCUUUUAGACAGCACAAAACCAAAGAUAAGCAUGAAAUCGAUAAAAUGACUCUCACCAUGAACGUUGAACUUCCCGAUACGUUUAGUCCAGAACUGAAAAAUUUAUUAGAAUUACUGCUUCAGAGAGAUGUUGAUAAACGUCUUGGUUGUAUGGGGAAUGGGGCUGAAGAAGUAAAAUCCCACCCGUUCUUUUCUGGCAUUGAUUGGCAUCAGGUGUACAUGCAUAAAUAUACACCGCCGUUGAUACCACCUCGUGGGGAGGUUAAUGCAGCUGACGCCUUUGAUAUUGGGUCAUUUGAUGAAGAGGAUACCAAGGGCAUCAAACUCACAGAAUCUGAUCAGGAACUGUAUAAGAAUUUCAAUUUAACAAUAUCAGAAAGAUGGCAGCAAGAAGUGAUAGAAACUGUUUACGAAACCAUUAACCAGGAAACGGACAAAAUUGAACAGAAGAAAAAAGCCAAGCAGAAAAUGCAUUUUGAUGCCGACGAAAAAGAAUCGGAUUGUAUUUUGCACGGCUACAUAAAAAAAUAUGGUGGCUCCUUUGCGUCUCUUUGGCAAACAAAAUAUGCCAAACUGUAUCCCAAUCGGUUGGAAUUGCAUUCAGAGAGUGGCAAUAACAAACCCGAAUUGAUAUUUAUGGAUCAAAUUGAGGACAUAUCCUCAGACUUUGUGACAUACAAGGGAGAACAAUGUAUUCAAAUACGAGUCAACGAUGGCUCGCGUGAUGGUCGCAUUUUAUUAACAAAUUCCGAUGAAAUCGGUCUUAAAGAAUGGGCCUAUUCUUUACGUUCAGCGCACAAAGUGUCUCAAGAACUUUUAGGUUCGAUGGCGAAAAAAGCUGGAAAAAUUUAUGGAAGCGAACGUGAUGGCAACAAAGCGAUGUACAUAAUAAGUGGCGGCAAUUCAAUGCAAAAAAAUGCAAAUGGUGCAAAUUAGCAUCAACUUUAGUAUUAAAACAAACAACAACCGAAAAUUAUAUUUUUAAGUUCGUAACGAGAAAAAUUAUAUAAAUAUAUUAUCAUAGUACACACAAAUCAACAAUGAAAUAUGAUCAUUAUGGCGGUAUAAUGCCGCUUCUCUCAAAAUUUAUAUAAAAAAUAUUAGAAGAAAAAAAAACUAAAUUAAUGCCAAUUAAAUGUGCGGUUAUAGAAAACCAAAAUAAUCCCUUAAAAAUCCUGUACACUAACAAAAACUUGUAAAACACGUAAAAACGCAUUUGUGUCAGAAGUAAUAAAAGUAAAUAUCUAGUAAUCAAAAUGAAAAAAAACAGAA